AUGGACUCGCCGAACACGAAUACAAAGUAUCAAGAACCCUUCCUGCAACAAUCAGACGACGAAAGCCUUUUCUUGCCACCGACAUCCAUAGACGUGGAGAAUUACCAAAACUUGGACCAAUUUGAUCCCUGGCAAGGUCUGCAAUCCGCUGACUAUUUGAUAUUUCCCGCAUUGGACUCUGCGAACGCUGGUUCCCGUCCGGACUUAGUGGAAGAUGCAUCCCCGGAGGCUUUCGUUGCACCCUCCAAAACAACCUGUGCGGUAGAUUCUCAUCGAUGCUUCGUGCUAGACAAACUUGGGCCAGCCGACAUAACGAGCCGUCAGGCUUCAAGUGUUGGUCAACUAGAUUGCGGAGCCAGUGCUAGAGAAACGCCGCUACCUAUGGUUAAUCUGGCAGAUAUCGAAGACUGUAGCUUGGCUCCCUGCAUAUCAAAGGGUCGAGCCUCUCCAGUUAGAUCUUCCAGACCACAGGGCCAGGCCCAAGGUCAGAGUAGGAAACAGCCUAAGGAUGAGAAGCAACCAAGGAGCACGAGAUCCCGCGGCAGGAAGACCCAACCCCAUUCCCAUUUUUCCAGUGCGGACGACUCAGCAACCCUCCGGGCCAAGCACAACCACUCUGUGGUCGAACGACGGUAUCGUGAUAAUUUGAACGGAAAAAUUACGCAGCUUCAUCGAACACUACUCGCAACCGAAGCCAAUCCUCAUUUAGCGAACUACAAAUCCCAAAUCCUGGCGCCAUUUCAGGAUGGAGCCAGCAGGGUCCGUAAAUACGACAUCAUGACCAAGGCGAUCAACUACGUCCACCAGUCUGAGGUUGAAAUCCGCCAUAUGACCGAUGAGAUUCGUCAUCUACAAGAGCGAAUCUAUGGUCUCGAGAAGUUGGUCAAAUGUGAAGAUUGCACGGUGCUUCAGAACAUCAUGCAGUUACAACUAGGAGAAGCCUGCUGA